UUGAAUUCAACUUUCGUUUUCAUAUAUUCCUUGGACCAGAAGAACUUGGCAGUAUUAAUUUCUUUGCUGAUUGAAUCCUUGCUUGUCACCUUAUCAAUUCGUUUUCAGUGUCAAAACAUAUGCAUAUCUCUGGUGACAAUGCAUACAAUGAAGAGAACUCGGUUCUCCCUCAUGUUGCUGUUACACUGUUGUAUGUGUAGCUUUACUGGUGUUGUGGUAGCAGCACAAAACAAGAAUGUCAACACAGACCAGUUGGCUCUUCUUGCUCUCAAAGCUCACAUCACCAGUGAUCCUCAGAAAAUCAUGACCAACUGGUCCACAGCCACCUCGGUCUGCAACUGGGUUGGCAUUACUUGUGGUGCUCGCCACCUUCGAGUGGCGGUCUUGAAUAUCUCUUACUUUGGUCUCACAGGAACCAUUCCUCCAGAGCUAGGAAACCUGUCAUUUCUUGUUCAACUGGACUUCACCAAUAACAGUUUCCAUGGCACUUUGCCCAUGGAGUUGUCUCGCUUGCGUCGAUUGAAGUUGAUUAGCUUUGGAUACAACAAUUUUAUUGGUUCCUUACCCACUGAAAUCUUCAACCUAUCUGCACUGGAAAAGAUUGAUCUGACCAAUAACCAUCUAUCAGGUAGCAUACCAAGAGAAAUCGGGAACUUAACAAUGCUGAAGGAGAUAAUCCUUGAUGGUAACAACUUCAAAGGAAUUCCAAACGAGAUCGGCACUUUAGCUCAGCUGGAGGUGUUGAAUGUGCAAGACAAUGCACUAAAUGGUCCUUUGCCUGUUGCUGUCUUCAACUUGUCUUCUUUGACCCAAAUGGGACUAACAAAGAACAACUUGACUGGUAGUAUUCCAGACAAUAUAUGCGAAAACCUUCCCAGUAUUCAAGCACUUUUUUUGUCUUACAACCAGUUUGAUGGUCCACUUCCAUCCAAAUUAUGGCAAUGCAAAGAGCUUCUCUAUUUAUCACUGUCGUUUAACAAAUUCAGUGGAGGCAUACCCAGAAAUAUUGGGAACUUGACCAGUUUAAUGCAUAUAUAUCUUGCGGCAAACAAUUUGCAAGGUACUAUACCACAUGAGAUUGGUGAUCUUUCAAAAUUACAGGUUUUGUCACUUCCAGGUGUUAAUGUUCAUGGUGUUAUCCCAUCCACAAUCUUCAACAUGUCCUCACUGAUAGGAAUAUCGCUAGCUAGUAAUCAGCUCUCAGGUAGCCUCCCAGCAAACAUAGGCCUUGGGGUUCCACAUCUAAAGCAGCUUCUUGUAUCAGGGAAUAACCUCACUGGAGCAAUUCCAAACUUCAUCUCUAAUGCCUCUAACAUCAUAACCAUAGACAUGGCCGCUAACUAUUUUUCGGGGUUUAUUCCUAGCAAGCUCUGUGCCUUACCAUACCUUGAGCGCCUAAACUUAGCAGAGAAUUAUUUGACUAUUGAUACUUCUGCUCCAGAAGUAAACAUAUUCUCUUGCUUGUCCAAUCUUCAAAAUUUAGGGACGCUGUUACUGGCAAAAAAUCCACUAAACGCCAUGCUUCCCAUUUCCUUUGCCAACCUCUCUACAUCACUUCAAUAUAUUGAUCUAAGCGAAUCCAAUGUGAUGGGUAACAUUCCUUAUGAUACUGGCAACUUGAGUAGCCUGACAGCCUUAUUCUUAGGUACCAAUCAAUUAGGUGGACCAAUUCCAACUUCAAUGGGAAGCCUACAGAAUCUCCAAGCUUUGAAUUUGAAGGAGAACAGAUUGCAAGGACAUAUCCCAAAUGAACUUUGUCAACUUCAGAAUCUAGCCUUUUUACUGAUUGGGGUAAAUCAGCUCUCUGGUUCAAUACCUUCUUGCUUGGGCAAUUUAGCUACAUCACUGAGAAGUCUAUAUCUGGGGUCCAAUUUUUUAAAUUCCACAAUACCAUCUACCUUGUGGGGACUUGCAUAUCUCUUGCACAUAGACUUGUCAUCCAAUUCUCUAACUGGACCUCUCCCAGAAGAUGUUGGUACUCUGAAAGUUGUGAUAGAUAUAGAUUUAUCAAACAACCGUUUAUCUGGUGGGCUACCGAGCAGCAUUGGGGUUCUACAGGAUUUGGUCACUCUCGCCUUGGAAAAUAAUAAUUUAGAAGGCUCUAUUCCUAGUUCAUUUGGGAACUUGCUAAGCUUAGAACUCUUGGACUUGUCUAAAAACAAUCUAUCUGGAGUGAUUCCAAAGUCUCUAGAACAAGUCUUGCAUCUCAACUAUCUAAAUUUGUCUUACAACAGACUGGAGGGAGAAAUUCCAGCAGGCGGACCUUUCAAAAACUUCUCUUCUGAAUCAUUUGUCUCAAAUGGUGCGCUCUGUGGUGAAUCCCGACUGCAUGUUCCAUCAUGCAAAAACAGUUCAGUGAAACCACCUUCAACUAAAGCUAGUAGAUCCAUCUUGAAGUUUAUUAUUCCGGGGAUAGUGUCAGUAAUACUCCUAGUGGCCUCCCUAUUGGUGUUGAUACUGCACAGGAAGAAGAAUGUGAAUGUUGCAAUGGAGACUACCUUGUUAUCUCAACCCCUAUGGAGAAAAAUUUCGUACUUGCAACUUCGAAGUUCAACAGAUGGGUUUAAUGUAAGCAACUUACUUGGAACCGGGGGUUUUGGCUCAGUGUAUAAAGGAACACUAGAUGGGAUAGAUGUGGCGAUAAAGGUUUUCAAUUUACAGCUAGAAGGGACUUUCAAAAGUUUUCAUAUUGAAUGUGAGAUGCUAAGCAAAAUUCGCCACCGAAAUCUUAUCAAGAUCAUUAGUUGUUGCAGUCAAACUGAUUUCAAAGCAGUGGUACUGAACUACAUGCCUAAUGGGAGCCUUGACAAGUGGUUGUAUUCUCAGAGCUUUUCUCUGAACACCCUGCAGAGGUUGAAUAUAAUGAUAGAUGUUGCGUCGGCAUUGGAAUAUCUGCAUCAUGGUUAUGGAACAACUAUUGUCCAUUGUGAUCUGAAGCCCAGCAAUAUACUACUGGAUAAUGAUAUGGGAGCACAUGUAGCUGAUUUUGGUAUUGCAAAACUCCUAGGCGGAGGAGAUUCUAUGACACAGACAAUGACCCUCGCCACAAUUGGGUACAUGGCUCCAGAAUAUGGAAUGGAUGGAAUAGUUUCCAGAAGAGGGGAUGUGUACAGUUUUGGUAUUGUACUCAUGGAAACAUUCACAAAAAAGAAGCCGACAGAUGAGAUGUUUGUUGGGGAAAUGAGUUUGAAGCAAUGGGUUGCGAGUUCACUAUCAUCUCCAGAUGCAACAGUUGAAGUUGUGGACGCCAAUUUACUUGGGAAACAGGAAGAUGUUAGUUUCAUAAGCAAGAGGGUCUGUUUAUCAUCCAUAAUGGAAUUAGCUGUAGCUUGUUCUGCAGAAUCACCAGAAGAGAGGAUGAAUAUGCAAGAUGCUUUAGUGACACUCAAUAAAAUUAAGGUGAAGCUUUUGGAAGACGUUGAAGGUGGAGGUGUGGUUUGAAAUCAUCAUCUGCAGCAUACAUUUCAUGACUACAUUUGAUUCAGUCCUUUUGUAUUAAGGAGUCCUUUGACUGCAGUUCAUACUUCAUAGAAGAAACACAGAAGAUUACUAUUAAACUGAACGCUUUCCCUGGCUCUCAAACCAUGUCAAAAUCAAUAAAGAAUCAUUCAUAAAUCACUAGCUUCAUAUUGUUGAUAAACUCAUGUGUGUGCAAAUUUUGAAGUUGUUACU